UGUACCACACUUGCUUCAAGAGAUUUGUGUCAGGGCAGUCUAACACCAGAAGACUAAAGGCCAGACAAGAAACCCAUAGAUAUGGGUGCCCGCAAGAAGGAAGCUGCCCGCCGGGAACGGCAGGGCACUUCGACUGAUGGCAUGGCCAACGUCAAGGUCAAAGGCGAGAACUUUUACAGAAAUGCCAAAAAGCUACGAACGUUGAACAUGCUGAAAGACGGCAAAGCACAACGAAAUGCAGAAGGGAAAAUCACAAAAGCCGCCUCAUACCAAUCGCGAGAAAUUCCUAAGGCACGCGUCGAACCGAAUAGGAAAUGGUUCGGCAACACCAGAGUCAUAUCGCAGGGAGCCUUGGAUUCCUUCAGGCAGGCAGUCGCCGAAAGAGCAGCCGACCCAUACCAGGUGCUUUUGAAGACGAACAAAUUGCCCAUGAGUCUGAUCCGGGACAAUGAGAACACGAAGAACGGGGUGAAACAGCACCAGGCAAAGAUUGCAGUCGAGUCGGCGCCGUUCUCGGACACCUUCGGCCCAAAGUCUCAACGCAAGCGGGUUAAACUGAGUGCGAGCUCCGUGGCUGACUUGGCCGACGAGUCGGUAAAGAUGCACGACAACUAUCUUGAGAAGCUGGAAGAGAAUAAACUGCUUAGUGGCAAGACAGCGGAAGAAAUGCAAGGACAGGAUGAUGGCGAGCUCACCACUGCAAGGGAGCCCAUCUUCUCAAAAGGGCAGAGCAAACGUAUUUGGAACGAGCUCUUCAAAGUCAUCGACUCCUCAGAUGUGGUCAUUCACGUACUCGAUGCUCGAGAUCCGGAGGGUACAAGAUGUCGCAGUGUGGAAAAAUACAUCCGCGAAGAAGCACCACACAAGCAUUUGAUUUUCGUCCUAAACAAAUGCGACUUGGUACCUACUAAGAUCGCGGCUCAAUGGGUGAGAAUGCUUUCCAAGGAAUAUCCCACGCUGGCGUUCCACGCGUCGAUGACGAACAGCUUCGGCAAGGGGUCCUUGAUCACCCUGUUACGACAGUUCUCGGUGCUGCACGCCAGCCGAAAACAAAUCUCCGUGGGCUUCAUCGGAUACCCAAACACCGGCAAGUCGUCCAUCAUCAACACCCUCCGAAAGAAGCGCGUGUGCACUGUGGCGCCCAUUCCCGGCGAGACCAAAGUCUGGCAGUACAUCACGCUGAUGAAGAGGAUAUACCUCAUCGACUGUCCUGGUGUCGUGCCGCCCAGUCAGGGUGACACGGAGGAAGACAUCCUGCUACGUGGCGUGGUGCGGGUGGAGAACGUCGAACAUCCUGCGCAGUACGUCGAGGCUGUUCUACGGCGGGCCCAGACGCGCCACAUUGAAAGGACGUACGAGAUCAAAGCGUCCGACUGGAACGACGAUCCUAUGGAGUUCCUCGCCAUUCUCGCCCGAAAAGGUGGUCGUCUUCUCAAAGGCGCUGAGCCGGACGUCGAUGGCGUCGCCAAGAUGGUGCUGAAUGAUUUCCUCCGUGGGAAGAUCCCUUGGUUCACGCCGCCUCCGAGGAGCGGCGAGGCAGCCCAAUCGUCCACGGCCGAUGACUCUGCCGAGGUCGUAGAAGGCCGCGAAGGCAGACUGGGCGAGAUGCCUGGAAAGAGAAAAGUGGAUGUCUCGGGCGUUGACCAAGACGACGAGGAAGAGGCGGACGACGAUGACCAAGAGUCACAAGCGGAAGAUGCUUCCGAUUCGGCUGAGAGUGGUGAUGACGAUGACGAUGAAGAAUCAGGCUCUUCAGACAAGGAAGUGGAUGACUUUGAGCAGUUUGACGACGAUGACGAUGCUACGAGUAACGACACGAACGAGGACGAUGGGGGCACUCGAGUAUAGAAAAAAAAUAGAUAGUCCACAACAUACAUCCAAUACUUGAUCCGAGAUCCGAG